AUGUCCGCCAUUCAGCUUUCAUUCAACCUCCGUGUUUCCUCCGGUGUCAAGACCGUCCAUCUCCUCGGCUCCUGGGACAACUACUCCGGCCAACUCCCGCUCUCCAAGGACAAGACUUCCUCCAAGUCCGGCACAUGGAAGGGUACCUUCCGCUUCCAGCCCACCACACUUCAAGCCGGCCAAAGAUACUGGUACUAUUACAUGAUCGAUGGGUACCACGUCUCGCACAACCCCUCCGAGGAGUCCACCGUUGAGCCCACCACCGGCCGUGCCCUCAACAUCCUUGACGUCCCCAAGUCUUCCUCCAAGUCUUCCUCUUCCAGCAAGUCCUCUUCCCGCAAGUCUUCCUCGCGCCACUCCGUCAGCUCCGACAUCCCCAAGGGUCGCCCUCUCUCCAUGUCCCAGAUCAAAGCCCCCAAGCCCGUAGCUCCCCACGCUACCCGCCACAUCUUGGACGGCGACUUUGACGAGGAUGAGCUCUCCAGCCACUUUGCCGCCACCGGCAUCUACGACUACGACGCCGAGGACAUCAUCACCGACUUUGGCGCUUCCGUCUCUCCCGUCUCCUCUGUCGGCUCCUCGCUCUCGUACCGCUCCGACAACUCCUCGUCGUCGUCCGGCUACAGCACCCCAUCCUCAGACUGCUCCUCGUGCACCUGCGAGCGCUACGGCAUCACCCGCAAGGGUGAGCGCGUCCGUCUUGACUGCGGCGGUUCUCGCUGCGGCUAUGAGGACUCGUGCUCCUCUUCCGAGGACGAGCAAGAGUACGUUGAGCGCAGCUCCCGCCGCAACGGCAUCGUCGUCCGCCGAUAA